GUGGUUAAUGAAUAACAAAGUAAACACUGAAGACUUAAACAGAUAUUGUCACCAUGUAAUAACACUUUUCUCUAAGUACCUGAUCUUAAAACUUUAUCUUCAUUUAGAAGUAGCACUUAACAUUUCUGCCUGAAAUAAAAGCUGUUUCAUCUACGCAUAUUGUUGUCAUAGGUGACUACCGUAUGUGUGAAUUUUAAUUUGCGAUUUCACACCUUUAAUAAUAAUUACACAUAGUUACAAAACUUUUUUUUUCAUAUUACUAGCUACCUUCAAACAUAUAGGCUUAUAUAUCAUAGUUAAUAAAAAAUUUAAAUACAAUAUCUAGAACAGGGAACAGGUUAUGUCUAGUACCUUAAUGAAUAAUAAUUAAUAAUUGUCUUCAAAAUUUUGUAAAUGUUUUUUUAGUAGAUAAAUUAAUGUUUGACACAACCUAAUGAGGUUACAGUACUAGUUAAAUUGGCAGAACUACAAACAAAACAGAGUAAACCACAUCCGUUUUUCUUUGCUGUCUUGGUACCCACAUCUUUCUUCCAGUGUACAGGGUUUCAUAACAUGGCUGCCAUUUUGUUCACUCAUCUGUUUUUCCAUUUGUAAAACCAUCCUUACAUUAUCAGACCUGCCAACUCUCACGAUUUUGGUGUGAGGCUCACGAUUUUAAGGUCCAUCUCACGCCCUCACGCCAAAAUAGUUUCUCCUCACAAUUUUUUGGGGCCCCAAGAUUUUGUUUGUAAAAGUUACAAAACAAGUUUUACGAAAGCUUACAGUAAUGAGUUUCCAUCAAUACUCGAGUCACGUAAAGGAAGCAAUUUUGCAUUUUGUAGCAUGUGCCGUGCUGAUUUUUCUAUCUCGCAUAGUGGAAGAGGAAACAUUGUGAAACAUGUCGCUAGAAAAAAACACAACUAACACGUGAAGUGUAUUGCUUCCAAUAAAAAAAUUAAUUUUGCUGUGAACAGUGAUAAUAGUGUUACACGAGCAGAAUGUUAUUUUACAUCUUUUUUAGUUGCGGCCCUGCAUGAUCACUACACGACAGCGCUAAAUUAUGUUCAACUAAAUUAAAUCUUCAACCUAUAAUUUGUUGAAAUAAAUUUUGAAGCAGAUACCAUGUAACAUAUGUACAGGUUGUGAAAUGACUGGCUAGUGGCUAGUGCAGACACACUAUGAGUGGACAUAUUCUACGCACGCAGGGCAGACCCCCAGAUGCUGCUUCACGCACUGGCACGAGACAAAACUGCCACACACCGCAGAGUGUUCAAUGUCUGCAAGAGAACUCUUAUCCAAGUGAACUAGGCCCAGCAGAGAAAGGCACAAGAUGUCUCAUUUUGCUGGAGAGGUGUUUAGCCAUCAAACUUCUCAAAGUUUCAUUUCGGCCUGAUGGGAAGAAGAUCUCGGAAUCCCGUUCUCUUCAUAACAGAGACUUUUGGAUGUAUGAUAAUGGUUACUUACUAUUUCAGGAUUUCCUUGAACAGAAUCUCAAGUGCUUUUGGAACACUGCUUUGUUGGAAGCAGUACGAGUUCUCAAGUUCCGUGGCUAUGUUGCUCCAGGGGUACUUAUGGUCACUGCAAAUCCUUGCGCUUUAGAAGUUGUACGUUCUGCUUGGUCUAGAAAUGUGCUGCGGCCACCGACCAAUUUCAUUAUUCUUAUUGUGGGAGAUAUUUCCGAUUGUGUAGUAGAGCCUUUACCACAGGGGCAUUUUACACCUCUGCCGGAAGCCCUCUGUUGGGUUAUCUUGGAGCUCACCAGUGCAGGUCAGUCGGCUGUGCUGCCUGAGAUCUUCUCAGCACUCCAGAGCUCCUUUCCCGACAUGGAGGUGCCGUCGAAUGAAGUGGUUUAUGAUGUUCUUGCCCAGCUAAUGGCAGAAGAAAAGGUAUAUCAAACAUCAAAAGGCUUUUUUGUAAUGACACCAGAACGCAAAAGGAGAGAGAUUAACCACUAUAGGCGCCAUCGUAAGUACAGCAAUCAUUCGAAGAUGGACCCCAAAGGAACAGAAACAUACUCUCUGCUAAUGUCACCUGAAGAGGCAUUGGUCUUGGUGCAUGGUGAAAUGCAGACUAUUCGUGAUGGCGAUGUCACACACCAGUCUCUGCAGACAAAUCUUGCUGAUAUCAUUUGUGGAGGGAAUCCAAAUGACAAAAUCAUUCACCCUCGCAUCGGGAAGAAGAACCCAAGUUCCCCGCUGCAGAGGCAUACAGAUCGGCGCCACUCGCUAAGGCUGUUUGGCAGUAGCAAGCACCUGUCGUCGCCAAGCCGAUGUAGUUCAAUGCGCCACAUUCCAAACAAGCAUGCACUGAAAGCAGAUCAUUCAAGCUCUACUGAGUGUCACAGUGCAGCUUGCAACAGAAACUUUAAUGAGGAGAAAAAGCCGUCCUUUUUGUCAAGACUGUUUCGUCGUAGUGUGAAGAAACGAGCAUCCAUGCCAGCAGCAUCUCUUUCCACAUUUGGUGCCCAGUUUCCUCCAACUGAAUGGUUUAACCCCAGAGUGGUUCACUUGCAUUCAGUUGGCACACAGACACAGAAUGUAUCCAGCAAACUGGAAACACCACUUUCCAAUGACCUUGUAUCAAGCAUCACUCCAUGGACGGAUGAAGGAGAAUCUAAAGCAGCUACUCUUCCUAGGCGGCACAGGCGGCUUGCAUCUAGGGAUUCUGCCAUCAGCUUGACCACUUACAACCAGAGCCACACAGUCACCACUACCAGCAACUCAACUCCUCGAUCUUCAAGGCGUCAUCGCUCUCCAUCCUUUCGUUGUCAAGCACAGCAACAAGUGCAUUCAUUCUAUGAAAAAAGUGACACUUUGUCAUGUUCCACUUCUCGUAAUUCAGUUAUACCUAAUGUUGUUUCGGUACCAUUGCCAAAUUCCUCUCUUUCACCUGCCGUGGACAUGUCUUCAGAGUGUUGUAAGCCUCAAGCUCCAGCAGUGUCUGCUGAAAAUAACAUCAGCUGCAAUAGGAAGGCGGCAGGCCUUCCUCCGGUUUUUCCAAACACUAACAAACUGUCUUCUUCACUCAGUAGAAGUAGUUACUCUGUUAAAAGUUCUGUUGUGUGUUCUUCUCACAAAGUUAGCAAUAAAGAAAAUGUGUGUUCAAAUAAGACUGUAACUGUGAAAAGACAUGAAAACCAUGAAGAAUGUGAUUUAACUAAUGGUAUCCCAACAAAUACUUACAGCAAUGAAAAACCUGUGCAGGCUAAAAGUAAGCUGUCUUGUCCUAUGCAAAAUAACAGUUCUCAAUAUGCUUCACAAACAGAGGAAAAUAAAAAUUGUUCCCAUUUUCAAAUGCCAGGCUUAGGAAAUGUCACACUACCAAAUUCCAGCUGUAGUGGCCAAAAUUCAUCCAAAAAUGAAGAGAUUGAUACUGCUCUGUUGAAAAAUGGACACACCAAUGGUUCAUUGUCAACUGUGCAAAGUUGUGAUUUUAUGACUAGCAAUAUGACGGUUACAUCAUCAGCAGUAUACGCUAAUAGUUCGUCAAACAGUGCUAUCAGUGAGUGCAACACAAAAAUAAAUCUGCAAGAAAAUAGUCCAGGAAACCCCGUUAUCACUUUUGAGAAUGGUGUAAAAAAUGACAAUAAUGGUUGCGUACAUGCAAGAGCAGAGACAGUGCACUUGAAUUGCUAUUCAGUUAUGGAAAAGGAGAGUUCACCAUCACUUGACGAAAAUGAUCAUUUGAAUAGAGAGAAUAAUUGUGAAACUGAUACUCAGCUAAAAUUAAAUUGUCCUGAUUCCUUAAAUAAUUUAAAAGAACCAUCAAAUUCCAAUAGCAUUCAUGGUGGAAGAGAGUAUAAAAAUGUGAAAAAUGAUGGUAUUGAGAAUGUAGUAGAAGCAGUUGAACCUAAUCAAAAACAUGACAGUGACUGUAACAAUGAUUGUAAAAAUGUUCCUGCUAAUAGCAGUGGCAGCAGGAGAUCCUCAGGUAUCUUAUUAAAAUUUGGAAAUGGCAAUGAGACAGAUAUAACACUAUAUCAUAACACUCCUCGGUAUUUGCGGCAAAAUUCGUACGAGCCUACUACAAACAACGUACAAAAGUGGACUCAAACCACAACUGUACUGCCUGUUAAAAGCAAAGAAGAAUUGGAUUAUAAAAAUGUAUUUCAAAGGGAUCUUUCCUUGUUUGUUGAUGGCUCAUUUUCGCUAGGUAUGAAGAAUGAUGUUAUGAAUAAUACACAAAGCAUGACAAAAUCUUUUGAUAGCUUUGGAGGAUCAUUUGGCAAUUUGUUUUUGAAAGAUUCAAACAAUGAUGAUAAAUUUAAUGCUCCUAAUGCUCAAGAAGUUGUGACAGAGUUAAAGAACCUAGAUGACAUGAGGUAUAGUAUUCAGGAUAGAGAUAAUGAGGAUAAAGUUCCCAGAUUAUCUCCAUGUACAAGUCUCAGUGAUCUUAGGGUCAGUUUCAAGUCCAUCACAGCACAGAACAUUAUGAAAGGAAUUAGUAUAAGUAGUAUAGAUACGUUACUGGAAGUCAAUGUGGCUGUUGCUGAAAAGAAAGGCUAUGAUAUGUCAAUUUGCACAGAUUUAGGAAGGUUAUGAAUUUUUUUAUUUUUUUAUUUUCUUUGUAAUUUUUUAAUGGAAUCAUUAAUACUUGAUGUGGGGAUCAAUAAUCUUAAGUGUAAAUUAGGUAUAGUUUAUGGAAGACUAUCCCUGCAUGUUAUGUACAUGCAACAUUUUAAUUUUUCAGCAGAUUUGUACGCUAUAGGUAAUAUUUAACACUGUAAUGUACCAUAUUAUGAAAACAUAACUUGUGAAGUAUAUUUUUGUAUAAAUAUAUGUAUAUUUGAUACCUAGUUUUUGUUGUGGCUUUUGCUUUGUCUUUUCAGUGUUUGUAAAUACAUAUUUUAUUAAUAUAGAGAAUGAAUUUUUAACCAUUCUCAAAUUAACAUGUUCCUAACUUUGUAUAUCUGUAUUUGAAAUACAUGCAGGAAAAAAAAAUUAAUUGUUUAGUUUGUUAAAGUAGGCAGUGCUGCUUUUAAAAAAAAAAUGUGUAUUUUUAUGCUGAUAUGCCUACUGAUUGUGCCAAAAGUUGUAUUUUAAUAAUAUAACAAGUAAUAGACCUCUAAUAAGCAUUUAUAACAUAUUCUACAUGUAAGUAGUUAACAGAUAGCAGAUGAUUUAGAAGUCAGGACUAAGGGGAAUUAAUUAAUUUUUUACCUAAUACUCUGGUAUAAGGUGCCUUAUAUUGCUGUCACUAAUCAUUUUGUUUUGUAAAUUUGACCAAAUUGGUUGGUUUAAAAUCUGGAACUUGGAUUCAGCUUGGUUAUAGUUAUUAAAUAAUCAUACAUUAUAAAUGUUAUAUAUUCAGUAUAUAACAACCUAUUCAAUUUUUGUGUUACAAAUGUAGUUGUAACUGGCAUUAGUUUUUGAAAAAAGUUGAUACUUUUUUUUGUAGUGCAGUGGAAUCUCUAUCAUCUGUGAUAAUGCAGUGGAACAGUGUGUCUGUGAUGGAAAAUUGCUGUUUGUGGAAUCAAGUGAUAUGUAAUUCAUCAUUUGUUACAUUUCCAUGCUCUGACAUUUUUGAUGCUUUUUAAAAUCUAUCUGCCCCUCUCCAUUGCUAACUGUGACGUAACUGUACUUGGACUUUUGAUGCUCGUUUGGCUAAAGGACUGAGGAGUUUAUUCUGAGUUAAUUUUAAAGGAGUUCUCGAUUGUUAAAUGACUAUUCUCUGACAAUGUCUGGUGUUUCGUAUAGUAAGUUACAUAUGGUGUUCCAAUUCUCGUAGGCCACUGAUCAGGAGUACCAGACUGCUACUUUGCUGUCUGAACCUGACUUCACUAUCUGUAAAAGUAGUCAAAUUUUGUUAAUAAGGAAAUUGCAGUAUUUUAAAUAAAUGUUUAUUGUAAUUUAAAAUAUGUAAAAACAACUUUGGUCAUAGUUUUAUGUUAAUUUACUGCAUUUAGUUUUCACAAAAAGCUGCAACACUUCAAACUAAGAAGAUUAAUUUUCAAAAUAACACAAAGUCAAUAUCACAGAUUAAUAAGGUAGUGUAAAAUCCUUUUUUUACGUUAAAUGCAUUUUGCAGUAGAGUGCUUUUAGGCAGCUGUUGGAAGGGCUUCUCUUUGGUGCUCACAUCUACUUAGCAUAUACCGUAUAUACUCGUGUAUAGCGCGCCCUUUUUUCCCCUCAAGUAAAGGAAAAAAAUAAGGAUGCGCGCUAUACACGGAAAAAAAAAAGUGAGUAGAUGAGGCGGGGAGGAGUGGAAGUCGUUAACUGCCGUUGACGGGUGAUGUUUCUGGCCAGCCCCCACACAUACGCACAAGAAACAAGGCCUCUCUUUCACACACACACACACACACACACACACACACACACGUGCUCGCGCAAGCUCGCAGGUCUCUUGUUUAUUUUUAGACCUCCCCCUCUACAGCUAGUAAAAUAAAAGAGAGAGAGAGAGAAUGUUGACACCAGUCCCCCUCCCACUUCCUUCGCUUACGUCGCAGCUGCUACAGGUGAGUCAUCUAGCCGGUGAGUCAUCUAGCCCUCCGUGUCACAUUCCUGCCUGCCUCCCUUCCUCCCGCCCACGUACCAGUUGUGACGAUACAGCGCUUCAUUAUCUUCCGUCUACACAGCAGAGUUUAGUAUUUUCCUGACGCAUCACCACACAUCAAUUUAAAUUAUCAUUUGUUUCAUACGUAAUUACUUAACAGGUACCACAAAAUGUUAGUACAAUUUAUUUACGGGAAAAAAAAAAUUUUUCUUUGGAAUUUGUUGCAAAAAUCGUGGUGCGCGCUAUACACGAGUAAAUACGGUAAUAUGUUGUGCAUUUUUUUCAGUUGGCAUUGUUUAUUUACAUUUUGGCUGGGGUCAAAGAUUUUAUUUAACAGUUGUUACAAAUCUGUUAUACUUAACUUUCUGGAUUGAGUGUUGAGACUCAAUCAAAAACAUGCUUGAGUUUUUUAUCCUAUGCAGUUGUUUUCUUAAAAACAUUGUAAAGCUUUUAGUUUAGGUCAUGUUAGUUUAUUUGCGGAUCAUUGGAUACAACAAGAUUGCAAAACUCCAGAAAAUACGCUGGUGUGUGCACCAGGUAGAAGAAUGGUAAAAGUUUGCAAUAAUAAGUUUAAAAACUACCACCACCUGAUUAAAGUGAAAGGUUUUACCACUUUUAUCAUGCAAAUAUAAUUUUUCUCAGAUUUCAGAUGGUUUAUUUUUCCUCUAAAUCUUGAAAGACCAAAAAAUUUGUCCACUAGAUAUUAAAAAAAAUUUGUAAUCACUAUAUAUUUUCAUGAUAAUUCUUACGUAUUUACUUUUGGUUAACUGUUAUUGUAGUAAAUACAUUUACUUUUUGUUAACUGUUAUUGUAGUAAUACAUUGAACUACUAAUUUCUGAUUUUGAUUAUGGGGGAUUACUUUUAUCAAAUAGAAGCAUAAUUCAAAGAUAUAGUAACAAAUUCUGCUAAAUGUUUUAAUGGUUUGUUUUUUUUUCACCCCAAAAUUAAACAUUAAAGUCACAGAUUUUAUUUACCAUUUUCCACUGGUUCAUUUACUUUAGUCAGCUUGCUUUUAAACAUGGCGAAUUAGAAGUGUGGUGGCAACAAUUAUAUGUAUAAGUGGGAUAUUUACACAACUGUUCAUGCAUUAUUCAUUAUAUUCUUAAAUUAGAUUAAAACACGUUAACAUAAUUUAUUUUAAUAACCUAUUUUCCCAAUAUGUACAAGAGGUUAUAAGGUUGCCUCACCCUAUGUUGAAGGUAGAAAUUGCAGAGCGGUCAAGCUCAUGAUAAAGUAAUGAAGACAUUACAUGCAAAAAGUCGGAGAAUCGAACUAAAUUAUUGCCACGCCCCCACACUAACCACCAAGUUAAGUGUAUGGUUUAUAGAUGUAUUGUUAUAAAUAUAUUAUGUUUUUAAUGAUUAAAUACUAUGUUUCAAUGAAUAAUUUAUCAAUUACCAACCAAAUGCAUUUGCCUAAUAGCCUAGCUAUAUUGAUCUAUAAUGCUAUAUGGCCAUAUAAAACUAUCAUAGCAAAUAACUUCUAUUACUUUGAAUUUUGCAAGAUGUUCUUUUUGUGAAUUGCGCAGGAUUCUUUAUUAGACAAAUCACCAUUUUUAAUAGCCCUUCCAUCUCCUAACCCAUAUGCAUACAUUUAAAUAAAAUAAUGGAUUGGCACAAAGGAAGAAAUUUCACCUUAAAUUUUGCUUUAGUUAUUUUGGAAGAAGAGACGGUGUUCUGUUCAUACAUGACAAUGUAUUUAAAAUAACCUAUGCUGCUGCAAUAUUUUUAUAAUAGGUGACUGUUUUGUAAGCAUGGAUCUUGUAGGAAUUGGUAAGAAGAUUUUGUAAAAAAUUAUAUAGAGGUGAGGGUUGGUUAAUAUCACCACAUUUGUCUGGCAAUCCGGAGGGGAAGGCAGAAGCGUAGUGGUGGGAAAUCAUUAGACUCAAAAUUGCAAAGAGAGCACUUAAAAUAGCAUUUUCAAAACUUCCUGUCAAACUGGUUUGUUCUGAUUGGCGAGUGGGCAGUCUGUCGGAGUAGAUACCAAAACUUUGAGCUAGAAUAGCAGAGAAACUUAGAAUAAACUUCCACUGACCAGAUAUCUGUGUCAGCAGGCUUGAUGCCUGUUAAAAUAUUCCUUCUUUUAUGUCCUCAAACCACCAUCAGGGUAGUGGCAACUUGCUUCAUGUACAGAUACUGAUGGGUCAGCAUCUGCAUCUAUAUAGUUUGUCUGGAAUCAGUGGAUACACCCUAAACAGUCGGUGAGGGGUGAUUCACUGUUAGCCUAUACUCCAGCAUGGCUGUCAUGCACUCAACAAAGUCUGCCAACAACAAACAAGAUUAUCAGCAUAUCACAUUUAAACACACAUGGGAUAAUCGAGAUUCUACUGUAAUUGUUUACAGCUGACCAUGGGCAUUAACUGAAAUGUUGGUUUUUAUUGUACCUUUUAAAUCACAUUGCUACUAGCUUUACAUUUAAAUUUUUUGUACGUCAUCUAAACAUGAUCUGUACAAAUUUUGACUAUCAUCUUAAAGCCUUUGUGUUGUCUGCAUUUGUUGGUAUGUUUUUUUAAGAAAAACUUAUUUUAAAAGUCAGCUUGAUUCCAUAAGUCAGCAUUUCCUGAUUUAAUUAUGGCAGUAUAUGUUAGUAGGCUUUCUUUGACUAAAAGUAAUUAUUGUUUUACUUAAUUAUUAUUUAUUUUUUAUGAAAAGAGUUUUUAUUUGAAAAAAUUUUGAGAUAUUUGAUUUUUUUUUUUUUUUUCUAUUUGAAUAUACAACAAUGUGAAGCUUCUGAUUUACUUUUAAAAAUGAACAAUACUAUUUAGUGUAUCAAAAAUGUAUUUGUUGUGCUUAUGGCAGAGCUUUUUGCAUUAAUAAAUGUUUGUUUUACUUGUGAUGCUAAUGAAAAUAAGUGAAAUGUUGCAGACUGUUUUAUGAUACUAACUUCUAUUUUAUCUGUCCCAAAUUUACAGCAUUUAAAAUAGAUAAAUAUUGUUUUGAAUAAUGUAUUUACCAGAAGACAAGAUGCUUUGAUUAUAAAACUAUUUGCUUGAAAAAAAUUUCUUUUUAUCAUAGUUAUGGGAACUUUAAUAAUAUACUAAUUUAAAAUUUUUUUUGUUUUUUUUUUAAACCUAAAAUCAAAUAAAGAGAAUCAU